AUGCGAGCUAUGAAGCGGCUGCUUUCUCCGACCCUUUCGAGCAUGUUGCUCAUCCUGUUCCUUGUCUUCACCGUAGAUGCCGAUAAAAGAGGCUGGCAAAGGGAUGCCGAAGAAGUGAAAAAGGUAAUUUGUCCUCAAUGCCACAAAAUGGAGGAUGGCAUGAUUCAAGAGUUUUAUGUGGUCUCGAAGGUCGGUCGCGAAGACAUGUUUUUUCAUUGUAAGUUAUUUGCUUUUUUAAAUUUUUACUUUUUAUUAUUUCUAGUUUCAAAUAUUUUUUUUGUAGUAUUUUGUUACUUACUAACUUUCCUAAUUUUAUAUAUUUCAGGCGACAUUCACAGUUAUAUUACCCCCAAAACGGCUCUUUACGGCGAUGACAUGUUCUACGCUCUUAUGUAUGUUCCAGUGUUCAACAUGACCAAAUUCCAGCGUUACAUGAUAGAAAUUAAUGGUCGUGGUCAGUUCAAGCGGGUUCAAGUGUAAGUUUUGAAAGACUUUGAAAUUUUUUUUAUAUUUAUUUUUGUUGACAUAACCAAGGUACUGCGUUAAUUUCCGCAGUUUUCUUCAUUUUUUAAGUUUAGAAUGUUGAUGGAUGGUGAUUACCAAUACGCAGUCAAAGGACACAAUGAUAUGGCAAUAAGAAAACCUCAAUACUGCUUUCACAAUAAAGAAUAUCCAAUGGACCAUGAUCGAGCCUUUGUUUACUUGAACCUCUACAUCAAGAGUAAAACGGAAGCAUAUAAUCUGGAAAAAGUAUGUGACGACGACUUUAAAACAGAAGAUCCAGCAGAAUUGUUAAAAGACCUACCGCGUGAAUUAGCCGGUGAAUUCAAUCAUGAAUACUUGGAUAAGUGUUUUGUAAGUUAUUUUAUGGAAUUGCAAUUGGGUUUAGGAUAGAUUAUGUAGAUUUGAGGCUUUUAAAGUAUGAUAUUUUAUAAUUUUCGGUAUUUUAGGAGUUUAAAAACAGAACUUGCGUGUACGACGUUGACAACCCAUCCUACGUGACCUUCUUCGAAGGCAAAAGAAACAGAAUUGCCUACAUGCGCAACGGCCUGGUCGUCUACUUGGGGUGCAUUGAAUAUCGGUGUUCGUACUUCAUUCACGAUACAAAGACCGGGUAUAUCAUUUUUUAAAUUCUUAAAAUCUUGUUUAAUUUUUCUAAAUUAUUUUUUUCCUUCUAACCUAAAAUAAACCAUUGUUGACUUUAACCUUUCACAUUUUCAGAACCGACUGGUGGAUCUCUGAUGACUUAAAAGUAUAUACUUAUAAAAUUCAGGGUGACAUACGCACGAUCGUUCCACUUUUGAGACCCGACGAUCCGUUCUACACUAGUGAACUUCGCUACAAAUAUGCUCCGUCCACCACAACCACUACAACGACAUCUACAACCACCACUACCACGACUCUGAAGCCUAUCACACGGCCAGAUGACAAGCCAGGAGGUGGACAUGAUGCUGAACAUGAUGACGCUGCUCCGGAAGAACAUGGUGAUACAGAAGAGGAACACGAGGACGGUGGUGAGCAGGUAGAAGCCAGUACCGAAACGAGCUCUUCAAGUCAAUAUGUUGUGCUCAUGUGGAUUGUCGCAUUGAUGUUGUGCAUUUUCUUGUAUUGA